CAUUGAAUUCUUUGGUCAUCCAACGUUCUUCACCGACAGCAAAACCUCUAGUCGAAAAAGAGAGGUUAUCACCGUUCGUUCCAGGGAAAUUCGGGAUGUAUGGAGGAAAGUUUGUACCAGAAACACUCAUAUCUUCUCUCAGCGAGCUUGAAACUGAGUUCAACUCCGUUGUUAGAGAUGCCGAGUUUCAGGAGGAGUUGGCAAAGACACUAAGAGACUACGGAGGGCGGGAGACGCCUCUCUACUUAGCACAGCGUUUGAGUGACCACUACAAGAAAGGGAAUGGAGAAGGGCCGGUGAUAUACCUAAAGAGAGAAGAUCUUAACCAUACAGGGUCUCACAAGAUCAAUAACGCAGUGGGGCAGGCCAUGCUUGCCAAGCGCAUGGGGCUGAGGAGUGUGGUGGCAGCCACCGGAGCUGGGCAACAUGGAGUAGCAACGGCGGCUGCUUGUGCAAGGCUUGCCUUGGAGUGUAUCGUCUACAUGGGCACUGCAGACAUGGAGAAACAGCCCCAAAACGUCAUGUCAAUGAAGUUAAUGGGAGCACAGGUUAGGAGUGUAGAGGGAAAUUUCAAGGAUGCAACCUCACAAGCUAUCAGAGAAUGGAUCGGGAACUUGGAAACUAGUUACUACUUAAGUGGUAUGGUGGCAGGACCUCAUCCAUGCCCGAGCAUGGUGAGAGAGUUUCAGAGUGUGAUUGGGAAGGAGACAAGGAAGCAAGCCAUAGAGAGGUGGGGUGGUAAACCAGAUGUUUUGGUUGCGUGCGUGGGAAGCGGCUCCAACGCGCUGGGUUUGUUUCAUGAAUUCAUUAGAGAUGAAGACGUGAGGUUGAUCGGUGUAGAGGGAGCUGGGCUUGGGCUUGACAGUGGGAAACACUCUGCAACUCUCGCCAUGGGAGAAGUGGGUGUUUAUCAUGGCGCCAUGAGCUAUCUGUUACAGAGCACAGAGGGGCAGAUCGUUGGGGCUCACUCCGUUGCUGUCGGGUUGGAGUACCCAGGGGUAGGACCAGAGUUGAGCUUUCUAAAAGACACAAGACGCGCCGAGUUCUACAAUGUGACGGAUGAAGAAGCUCUUCAUGCUUGCCAGCGGCUAUGCAGAUUAGAGGGGAUACUACCAGCUUUGGAGGCCUCCCAUGCCGUAGCAUUCUUGGAGAAGCUUUGCCCUACAUUGCCCAACAAGGCCAAAGUAGUUGUCAAUUGUAGUGGUCGAGGAGACAAGGAUCUCCCCACGCUCUUCAACCAUGACAGCAUCAAUGGCUUACUAAACUGAUGAUGAUAAUGAUGAUGAUGUUGAUGUCCACUCAUUUCCUC